UUAUAGUUUUCGAACUGUGUGUUCUGUUCUGCGCCACAAAGCAGCAGCUACAGUGGACGUGGUAAGUUGGAAAUGUAAUUUAACACCACAAUCACGUCUGGCGGCAACGCCAAAUUUGUCAUAUAGUUUGAGCGCGCGUUGUCGAUCAGACGCUAUAGACUCAUUGGAAAUUUUGGGUUUUCGCUUUGUCUUAUUACAAAUACGAGCGUCAAUAUAAAUACAUACAUAUCUUCGCAUAAGCGCACGAAGGAAACCUACUUGCGUAUAUAAAACUAAAGAAAUGCGAGACAACAACAAAAGUGUGGAGGUCAAACGCGAAGUCAAAAUGCGUUCAUAACUACCGUUGUCGACUUCGACAAAUCGUAUUUAAUAGACACAGUGAUUCCUAAACAACAUCAGUUCACUUCUAACGGUCUUGGAGACCACAAUUUUUUACGAAAAUCCACGGGUUUGCAUUAAGGAAUUAAAGAACAAUAAUGUCAAAAAUAUUGUACACACUGGCCGCAGUUGGCUUAUUGGCCACACUGACUUGCGCUGAACCGCCACGUUCUCGUUUGCGUUUUCCCGGACCCGUCAAUAAUCGUCCACUGCCAUUUUUAGCUCGACAGGAAUCAGUGCCAUCAGUGCCAGUAGAUGCAGCUCCUUAUCCGCCAGCAGGUUUGAAACCAGAACCCGCCUUUGAGUUACCAGAGCCCACUUAUGGCCCACCAGAACUAACUUAUGGUCCACCAGAGGAAACAUAUGGACCACCAGACCAAACAUAUGGACCACCAGACCAAACAUACGGACCACCCGACCAAACAUACGGACCACCCGACGAGACUUAUGGACCACCAGACGAGACAUACGUGCCACCUGUAGAGGAACCUCUACCUGAGCCUGCACCGUCCUACGGACCACCACCAUCAGGUACACCGGCUGAUGAGUAUGGACCACCACCACCACCCGUAGCUGAUGUACCACAAAGUGCAUCGAUCAUUGACCAUCGUGCUGUCUUCCCACAAACUAUCUUCACGCUGCCACGUGUUGAACGUUUAGUAGCUUUCCGUCCAAGACGUCGUCCAGCGCCAGCUAAGCUACGCCGUCCAGGCCCGCGUCCUAAGCCGGCCAAAUUAACCCGUCCUCGACCACAACACCAAACACUAGCCCAAAUACAGCCAGCCAAAUUAGUUUUGCACAUUCAUCAUUAAAUAAUGCGAAAUCCCUGCUCUGAUUUUCAGAGGCAGAGUAGGUGUAUUAUUGUUAUUAAAAUAAGUAUUUGUUUGUACAUAAAUAAGCUUUCGUUGUAUUCUAAGGUACUGUUAAUUCGUUGUACUUUUUCUAAAAAUAUGCUUUACUAAAUGUUAUAAAGAAAUCUAAUCGAAAUCAAA